AUGCCUUGCAGGCAUGCCGUUGCAGCCAUGUACAAGAUUGGGUUGAAGCUAGAGGAGUUUAUGCAUAAGUGGCUGACAAUGGAAUCCAUUAGGGCCACUUACAAACAUUGCAUCAAACCUGUGAACAGUGAAGAGUACUGGAUUCCAUCAACUGCAGUACCAUGUAAUCUUCCACCAAUAAAGAGAUAUGCACACCGCCCAAAAAUGAAGAGGAAGGUGGAUCCAAUUGAGAAAGAAAUGCAUUCGAACAAGGCAAAUAAGACUUUUGAAGUCACAUGCAGUAAGUGUGGCCAAACUAGGUAUUAUUGCAAGACCUGCAAAAAUGAAGCUAAGGACCCAAACUGGACACCCAUAACCAAGAAAGAGAGAAGGGCUGCUAAGUUGCAGAUUGUAGUCACCAAUGUCCCUAGCUAG